AUGGACGUGACGUUGCAGGCGACAGCAGCAGCUGCGGAGGGAGCAGUCACCUCGUUCAACCCGAACGACAAGUACAUUGGACUCGCGCUGGCCAUCUCGUCCUCUGCGGCGAUUGGGACGUCGUUCAUCAUCACCAAGAAGGGACUGAUCAGCGCGGCGGAUUCGCAUGACGGCUUCUCCAGCGAGUCGUACUCGUACCUCAAGAACGGGCUGUGGUGGGCGGGCAUGUUGACGAUGGUUGUUGGAGAAGUCGCCAACUUCGCGGCAUACACAUUCGCACCACCAGCUCUUGUCACACCGCUCGGUGCGCUAUCAGUCCUUGUCGGCGCGAUUCUCGCGGCAAUCUUCCUCGGCGAGCGAUUAGGCAAGAUCGGCAUCUCGGGAUGCUCGUUGUGUCUCGUCGGAUCGAUCAUCGUCGUCCUGCACGCACCGGAAGACAAGGACAUCGCGACAGUCGACGAGAUCCUCGAGUACGCCCUCCAGCCCGGGUUCAUGUUCUACGCCUUCUUCGUCACCUGCUUCUCGCUGUACAUGAUUUACAAGGUCGCCCCGAAACACGGGAACAAGAACCCCCUCGUCUACCUCUCCAUCUGCUCCCUCGUCGGCUCGAUCUCCGUCAUGGCGGUCAAGGGGCUCGGCAUCGCUCUCAAGUUGACGUUUGCGGGCAACAACCAGCUGUGGCGGGCGGGAACGUGGAUCUUUGCGAUUACGGUCGCCGGAUGCAUCGCCACACAACUCAACUUCUUCAACAGAGCCCUCGACCUCUUCCCGACGAACGUCGUCAACCCCCUGUACUUCUCCCUCUUCUCCAGCGCCACCCUCGUCGCCUCUAUCAUCCUCUUCCACGGCCUGAACACCUCGGGCGCUUCCCAGACCGUCUCGCUCAUCUGCGGCUUCUACACAAUCUCGCUCGGCGUCUACCUACUGAACCUUGCACGAGGCGAGACAGAAGCACGAGGCCUGCGGCAUUCCCUCGGCGACCAACGCCACUCUCUCCUCGAGCAGUCAAACCGCCUCUCGCUCGCUUCCGACUGCGAAGGCAAUGAGCGAGGACCCGACGCGCGCAACUCGACGAAUCUCUAUCGAGCGGGCGGGGCGACAGUCGGAGGUGUCGCGCCCAUCUUCGACUAUGACGAGACGGCGAACAAAGGUCGCGACGAGCACAUGCGGAUGGAGCGGUUCGCGUUGCGGAACGACGACAGCGAGGAUGAGGAGAAUGAGGCUACAGGGCGGUACCAGCGGGUAUAA